AUGGGUGAGAAAAGAAACCGAGUUUCUUAAACUGUGUUCGAAAAAGACUAAUGCUAGCCAGAACGACGCCGUCUCCACUGCUCACUUUUGCCACUACAAAACUGGUGUGCUGCUGCUUCCACAGUUUGGCACCAAACAAGAUGGUGAAGCUGAUCGUGGCGACGACGACCGAUCCGGCCUCCGUCAACCCUGCCAAUGCUCUCUUAUCCAAGCCCGGCUGGUCCCCAACCCCUUCUCUUCUACAGGAGGAUAUGAAGAGCUUCGCUAACGGAGCCGUUAGGGUUUUGCUGCACAACAGGAGCAUCAUCGAAGAGGACGACUUGGACGCUCGCUGGGAACAAGCCACCGGCGAACACGUGGACGAGCUCAUCUUCUUGAGCAAGCACAAAGCCGCUUCCAGCCGCCCUGCGCUUACUGUUCACCCCAUCGGGGUUCCUCAUUUGCGAGACGGCGACGUUUUGCCGCAGGGCGGGAAGCCGGGCUGGGCCGCGCCGCCGAAUCCGAGGAUUGGGCCCUGGCUCAGGCUCUUGAAGAGAAUCGCGCAAGAUCACAACUUGGUCCCUGAGUUUGAGGUGACUUUGGAGGCUACACAUCAUGGACCGAUUACAGACACGCCUGCCAUGUUCCUGGAGAUUGGCAGUACAGAUGAUUGCUGGAAGAGGCAGGAUGCAGCUGAAGUUAUGGCUCUAUUAGUUUGGGAAGGACUUGGGCUUGGAGGGGGAGCUGCUGUUGGAAACUGGAACGGGGGGAACGAUAAUAAAAGAGUUCUGCUUGGGAUAGGUGGUGGACAUUAUGUACCUCGUCAUAUGGAUAUAGCUCUGAAAAAUGAUGUCUGGGUGGGCCAUCUAAUUUCGGGUUAUUCGUUACCAAUGGAAGAUCCGAGCCAGUCCAAGACAGAAACAAAUACAAAAGAUAUCGGUGGAACUUGGAAACAAUCAAUCAAAGUAGCAUUUGAGGCUACGCAAUCGGCUUUCCCUGGUGGAGAAAUUGUAGCUCAUCUUGAUCACAAGAGUUUCAAAAGCUGGCAAAAGAAUGCUAUAACGAGUUUCCUAGAGGAGCAGAACAUUACAAUUAGCAAACGCGAUUUCUUCUGAAUUUGAUGAGUGGCAUUGCUUAUACUUCAGUUCUUUCCAAAAAAAAAAACUCAUUUAGUCACUGAGAUUUUAGUUGACAGAGUCAACUUACUGUUGUACUUGAUGGCAUUCACUCAGCUAUACAUAUUUAUCUUUUCGGAAAUUAGGUACACAGACUAUCAGACUAUGGCUAUUGAUAAUGCCAAUGAGUAAUAAUACAGUUGUGAAGUAGAAAAUAUUAAUCAUA